UCAACAUAAGCUAAAGCUAGCCCUUAUAGGUCAAAGUGUUUUUGGACAAGAAGUUUAUAACAAGCUGAGAAAAGAGGGACAUAAAGUUGUGGGAGUAUUCACAGUGCCUGACAAGAAUGGACAAGCUGAUCCUUUGGUUCAUCCCCAUGGAUGUUAUUGACUGCCCAAAACAUGGCUCAAUUAUUUAUCAUCCAUCCAUCCUACCACGCCACCGAGGAGCUUCUGCAAUCAACUGGACUUUAAUUCAAGGAGAUAAGAAAGCAGGAUUUACUAUUUUUUGGGCUGAUGAUGGUUUGGACACCGGACCAAUCCUUCUGCAACGAGAAUGUGAUGUUGGCCAAAAUGAUACUGUGGAUGAUCUGUAUAACCGGUUUCUCUUCCCAGAAGGAAUAAAGGCUAUGGUGGAAGCUGUACAUCUAAUUGCUGAUGGUAAGGCCCCUCGUAUACCUCAGCCUAAGGAAGGGGCAACAUAUGAAGGGAUCCAGAAAAAGGAAAAUGCAGAGAUUUCCUGGGACCAACCUGCAGCAGCUUUGCACAAUUGGAUUCGAGGGCAUGAUAAAGUGCCUGGAGCAUGGGCAACAAUAGAUGGCCAGGUGGUUACUUUUUAUGGGUCAUCAUUACUUGAUGCUUCAGUGCCUGCUGGACAAGAGCUGGCAAUAAAAGGUGCUUCAAGACCUGGACUUGUAACCAAGAAUGGUCUAGUCAUUUUUGGUAAUGAUGGGAAGAUGGUACUAGUGAGAAAUCUUCAGUUUGAGGAUGGAAAAAUGAUCCCUGCAUCUAAAUACUUCUCUGCUGAUGAAACAACUGCCCUGGAACUUACAGAAGAGGAGCAAAAGAUGGCAGAAGAUAUUAGGGCAAUUUGGAAGGGAAUUUUGAGCAAUGUUGCUGUAAUUGAGGAUUCCACAGACUUCUUCAAAUCUGGAGCAUCAUCUAUGCAUGUUGUCAGAAUGCUAGAAGAGAUCAAACAGAAAUACAGUGGACUUCAACUACAGAAUGAAGAUGUGUAUAUGGCCACUAAGUUUGCAGACUUUAUUCAAAUGGCUGUCAGAAAAUUCAGAGGAGAGGACAAAGAGGAAGAGUUAGUCAUUGAUUACGUUUCAAAAAAUGUGAACAACAUGACUGUGAAUAUGCCAUACCAGUGUUUCAUAAAUGGACACUUUAUAAACGCUGAUGAUGGAAAAACAUAUGACACUAUAAAUCCAGCAGAUGGAUCAAUAAUCGCCAGUGUAUCUUCUGCUUCACUGGCUGAUGUUGACAAGGCAGUGGCAGCAGCAAAGGAGGCAUUUGAAAAUGGUGAAUGGGGAAGAAUGAAUGCAAGAGAAAGAGGGCGACUCAUGUACAGACUUGCAGACCUGAUGGAAGAACAUCAAGAAGAGUUAGCUACAAUAGAGUCUAUUGACUCAGGAGCUGUCUACACUUUAGCUUUGAAGACCCACGUUGGAAUGUCUGUGCAAACAUUCAGAUACUUCGCUGGAUGGUGUGACAAAAUUCAGGGUGCUACAAUUCCAAUUAACCAGGCCCGGCCAAACCAUAAUCUAACAUUCACCAAGAAAGAGCCAAUAGGUGUCUGUGCAAUUGUUAUCCCCUGGAAUUACCCACUGAUGAUGCUUGCAUGGAAGAGUGCAGCAUGCUUGGCUGCAGGCAACACACUCGUACUCAAGCCAGCUCAGGUCACACCUCUGACUUCCUUGAAGUUUGCAGAACUCUCAGCUAAAGCUGGAUUUCCUAAGGGCGUUAUAAAUAUUCUGCCUGGUUCAGGUGGCUUAGUGGGACAGCACUUGUCUGAACAUCCAGAUGUUCGCAAAGUUGGAUUCACUGGUUCAACACCAACUGGCAAACAGAUCAUGAAGAGUGCAGCCACUAAUCUGAAGAAAGUUUCUCUUGAACUUGGUGGUAAAUCACCAUUGAUCAUAUUCAGUGACUGUGAACUUGACAGAGCUGUAAAAAUGGGUAUGGGAGCAGUAUAUUUCAACAAAGGAGAAAACUGCAUUGCAGCUGGCAGACUCUUUGUGGAAGAAUCCAUCCAUGAUGAAUUUGUUAGAAAAGUGGUGGAAGAAAUAAAAAAGAUGAAAAUCGGUGACCCACUUGAUAGAUCUACAGAUCAUGGUCCACAAAAUCACAAGGCACAUUUGGAAAAGUUGCUGCAAUAUUGUGAAACUGGAGUAAAAGAAGGAGCCACUCUAGUGUAUGGAGGAAGACAAGUAUGUAGACCAGGUUUCUUCAUGGAACCCACUGUUUUCACAGAUGUUGAAGACCAUAUGUAUAUUGCCCAGGAAGAGUCCUUUGGUCCUGUGAUGGUGAUAUCUAAGUUUAAAAAUGGAGAUGUUGAUGGAGUGCUGCGACGGGCAAAUACCACAGAAUAUGGAUUGGCUUCAGGAGUUUUCACAAAAGACAUAAGCAAAGCUCUCUACAUCAGUGAAAAGCUAGAAGCUGGAACAGUUUUUAUUAACACAUAUAACAAAACUGAUGUGGCAGCACCAUUUGGUGGAUUUAAGCAGUCUGGCUUUGGAAAAGAUUUAGGUGAAGAAGCUCUUCAUGAAUAUCUCAGAACCAAGGCUAUCACUGUGGAAUAUUAAAGUAACAGCUUCACUUCGAAAGUAAACUUUUGGCAGAGUUUGAAUCUUAGUGACUCCAUGAAGCACUUCAUGUCACGCCCAGGAUAUGCUGUCUGCAAUGCAAAAAAAAAACCA